UGGGAGGCGCUCCUUCUCAGUUUUCGGUGUUGAAGUCCUAUGGCACAAUGGCCGUGUAUUAAAAAAUAUAGUGAGCUCUUUAGUAGUUUUGGGCAUCACAGACACGUUCUGAAUGAACCGAGUUAUCUAGGUAGGCAGCUUACUAGGUUUUGAAACACCGCCGAUGUCUAUGCAGGGACGACUGUCUGUCUGGGCUAACAGGAUCCGAGUGGUAUUAUUUAUCUCUCGCAACCUAGCAGCACUCUCUGGACCAAAUCCUGGCUUUUGUCAGAAUUGCCAGGCAUGCGGAUCAGGCUGCAGGGCUCUGGCCAUGCGGCCCGUCUCCUCUCCGAGCUCAACCGCUGCCGUCUGUCUCGCCUCCUGUGUGACGUCAUCCUCCAGGUCGGGGGACGUUCCUUCCCGGCUCACCGUGUAGUAUUAGCAUGCUCUUGCACGCACUUUAACAGCCUCUUCUCCAGAGGUUCCCGCAACCAGGAUGGCGUUCCCACCACCUUCUCUUUGGACUUUGUCUCCGCCGCCAAUCUCGAGAAGGUGUUGACUUUUAUCUACACGGGUGAGAUUUUCACAGACUUGAUCAAUGUGGGAGUGCUUUAUGAGUUGGCGGAAAGGCUCGGCGUGAAGGAGUUGGUGAGCGCUUGCCAUGCCACCUUUCCUGACCUGCAGAGCUCCAGCUCUAGAGACCCGGUGGCCGAUGGGGAUACGGAAGGUGAUAUGGCGUCCGCCAACGCAGUGGCUGCGUCCGUUUGCUCAUCCUCUGCAGCAUCCUGCUCCUCGCUGUCUUCUUCAGCCGCACCCACACCUGUAACUCCAUCUCCGGUUUCUCAUGGCAGGAAUGGCAGGUUGAAUCGCUCCCACUUGGCCACCCAGUCGCCUAAAAACGAAGACAUGCAGGUACAUUUGGGUUACAACCAGCAGGUGACCAACAAGCUGAGUCCUUCGGACAGUAACCAUUGUGCAGAUGCUCUUCCUGGCCUUAAUUUGCAGCUCAAGACUGAGCAAGAGGAUGAAGGAGAAAAUGGAGGAAGUAACUCAGUGGACCAGCUUGUUGUUAAUGGUAGCAAAUCAACGUUUGGGUCUCAGGAACCAUGUUCCAUCCCUGAUUCUUCAGCCCAGCUUGGAGGGGAAACCUGCGCCCCUUCGUCGUCCUCCAGUGACCCCUUGGACAGUUUGCAGCUUGGGGCUGUUACAGGACCAAUCAAAGAUUCUGAUUUUUUUGAGGAAGAUCAUGCUAGAAAGAGGCACCGCCUACAGGAGGAGCAUACGGAAAGUGGUGAUCAGUGGCGAGCGCUUUCAGAGGACAUAAUUGAACUGAGCGACGAGGAGGAGCACUUCAUUGUGGAAGAAGAGGACGACGAGGAAUUGAUGUGCAUUGAGAAUGGUGAAAACGGGGCAUCUCUUGGCCAAUUGGCAUCAUCGCAGCCAUGCAAAUCGUGCGGGAUGCUGCUUCCGGUGGAAAACGGCAUCAUACGAACUCAUGCUGAGACGCACCUCUCGGAAACGGGUUCAUGUCUAGUUUGUGGAGCCUCUUUCUCGGAUCGUGCUGCUGGUGUCGCACACGCCCUCACACACGUGGGCAUCUUGCUCUUCUCCUGCGACGUUUGUGAGCACCAGUUCCGGACCGAGUCUGCAUUGAUUCACCAUAGACGUCAGUCAGCAGCCAAAUGCGUCCCUCAAAAUCCAGACCAACUGAACGGAGACUCCCAACGGCAAGGAGGGGAACUGCAGUGCACCAUUUGUGCUAAAUCCAUGGCAAAUGAUUUUAAAGCGGUCAGGGACCAUGUUCAGAGCCACGCAUGCCUGAGAACAUUACGCUGUGGAGUAUGCCAGCUGUCUCAGCCCUCUCGAUGCGCCCUCCUGUGGCACACACUGACACACCUUUUUCCUAUUUACACUUGUCCACAAUGCGCCAACCCCUUCCUAGAGAGUGCACUGCUGGAGAGACACCUGUCUGUACACUCAGAGGAAGGAGCAUCAGCGAAACAGGGCGACGGCAGUCCGGAAACCAGUGGAGAAGGCCAGGCCGAGCUGCGCUGCUUCCUGUGUCCGCAGACCUUCCCCUCAGAAACUGCGUUUCAUUACCAUCUCAGCGUGCAUUCGAACGAGCUCCAGGGCAGCCAGGUAUGGCCAGCCAAACGCAAGGCGGACCAGCUCAUCGAGUACUCCUCAUCCUCCUCCUCACCUUUGGAGGCAAGUGGCUCAGGUAAACCUGGAUUCAACUUGAGUGUGGGAUUCAACCUGCAGGACAAAAUGGCUCACGGGGCCGUCCCGUUUCCAGCUGGACUCGUACUGAAUGGCAACUCCGGUGCUGGCACGGGGCUUAGGGAAAAAUUGUAUCGCUGCCGGUACUGCGGCAAGCAUUUCGCACACUCGGGCGAGUUCACCUACCACCUCCGCAUCCACACAGGUGAGAAGCCCUACCAGUGCAAAGUAUGCCUGCGCUUUUUCCGUGGCCGAUCCACCAUGAUCUGCCACCUAAAGACGCAUUCAGGCGCCCUCAUGUACCGCUGCACUGUCUGCGGACUGUUUUUCUCCACACUUAAAAUGGUUUCUUCGCACAUGGAGCUCCACAAAGACCAGCUGCCGCCCGAUUUCAACAUCGAGGAGACCUUCAUGUAUAACGACCACUCUAAAGAGCCCGUCCCCAACCUGGACACCUGAACAACGUCGCCCUCUGAAUGCUCCGUCACACUGUGUGCCCACGUUUACUUACUCCGUAAGUUGUUGAGGACAAGUGACCGUAGACUUAGAAUGUAAUGAAGUGUUUAAUGUGAUCGUCUUUGUGUUGGUGUCUACAGAAUGAGUCCUAAAGACUAAAACUUUAUUUUAAAAAUGUAGUGCUGAUACUUGACCACUUGAUGGCAAGAGAGACUGAGCAAAGUUACACUGCCAAUCAAAUUUUUGGACACACCUCCUCUUUUUUUUUUUUUUUUUAUCAUUUUUUAAACAGUUUAGAAUAAUAAUAGUCACUAAAGCUAUGGAAUAAAAAAUGAACAUAUCAUAACUAUCUUAUAUUGUAGCUUCUUCAAAUUUUUGCCAAGAAUGUCAUGAAGGUGCAGUGUUUAAACACUAUUAAACACUUUUUGGCUGCUUUUUAUUCACUAUCUGGUCCAACUCGGUCAUUUAAAAUGACAAAUUUUGAAAAAAUUCAUUGAGUUAUUUUUGUCUUUUUCAGCCAUUUAAGUAUAAGCAUUUAGAUCAGAAGGUCUUUAAGAUCACCACAAACAAAUUCAGCCAAAUACGUCCAAACUUUUGUGUUGUAGUGUUUUAAUAACCAAGUCAUUUUAACAGGAUGUUGUUCCAAGUGCUGAUGUGCGAUUACCUCUAUAUACUCUUCCGGCAACUCUAUCACAAUAAGCUAAAGGUCUGUGGUUAUUCUAAGGAAGCACAAAGUAACCUUUGAUCUUACACGACACAAGCGCAAGUUGAAAAUAAACCAAGACUUUGUUUCUAUGUUUUCUGAUAAAUAAAGUAGUGCUCUAGGUCAAGGAUGUAAAUAAAAUGGUCCUUUUUUUAAAAAAUAAAUAAAGGUACUUUUCUUUUACAGAAUAGCUGUUAUUUUUAUAGUCGUGUAGUGUAUCACUUGACGUAGACUAAAUUAGAAAUAGUUAUGAGAUGCAGUAUCAUAUAGUUUGUAUUUUGUGCAUAAAGCAAAACACUUCAAACGUUGUUCAUUCAUUUAAUUAUGAAAAUUAUGAAAAGAGAAGCGAUUCAGACUGAGGUGCUAGUAUAUCAGCCAGUUCAUACGGCAGGGUUCAUCUUCUUCACUCAGCACAUAUCGGAGUAUUUUGUGCAAAUGGUAUUGUCAUGACUAAAAACAAUUCUUUACUGAAAGCUGUGAUGUUCUUCUGUACCAUUUUCCCAGCAGUUCUACGCCUUUUUAUUCAGCACAUUUCUUUCUUACAUUGUUCAUUUAAAUAUAUAUAUUUUUUUGGUCACAUCAAAAUUGAUUUGGCACACCGGUCCAUUCAUAAUUGAUGUCAUUGGUCAAACCACAAAGUAUGUAUUGAAAGCUGCUGGGACAUUGUGGUGGUUAUAGCUUUAUUUACAAUGUACCACAGAAAAAUACUGGCUCAAGAGAAUGGCCUUAUAAAUUACCUAGUUUUAUCACCUUCUUCAAUCAAUCAGUUUUAUUUUUAGGAAGAAAAUGCAUAAUAUCAACCGAUGUUGUGAUUAUAAACCACAGAAAUCUUGAUCCACUCUCUUUGAUGUUGAACAUGUGAUAGGGAAUGUCAUUUAUUUUAUUUUCAACAUGAAACAGUUGCCUUAUAUCACUUCAGUGUUAUUUAUAUAAUUUAUAUAUGUUCAGUGUCACAAUCAUAAAUCUGUUCUCUUUUACUACAGAUGUACUUGUCUUCUGAAUAAAAACGGUACUUACAAAACCA